GCGCCGCGCUCACGGCCGAUCGAGCGAUGACACGGUUUUACGCAAAUUCGUUUGUCAGCACCAUAAUCUCGCGAUCGUGAAGAGAAUUUGAUUUUACCUUACCCACGUUAGGCCUAGAAGUAACGCGGACCAUCCAAAAAGUACCAUUUACAAAGCAAAAAGAGGUUAAAAAAGAGUUUUGUUCACUGAAUAAGAUUGUGCAAAUUUUCGCUUCUGACUAAUCACAGAAAGCAAAGGAUUUUUCUUCAAACUCGAGUAAAUAUCUUAACAUGGUGAUUACUUAAAAAAAGGAUAUGAUUUCUUAUAGUGACAGUGAUUUGAUAAUAUAAUUAAAUUAUAAUAAACCUACUAAUUUCCGUCAUUAUGUGCGUUAUAUAAUCUACUGAAUGGAUAAUGUAUGGGAAAGACGUACUAAUCAUUGCGUCACUUCGAUAUUUUAUCGACGAUUUAGUGUGAAAAGAAUUAAAAAAUAGUAAUAAUAACUAAGUCGAUUUAAAUGUUUACUGGCACAGUUGGACAUGUAUAAACACAUUUUACACGUUUUGCAAUUAUGCUAACGCUAGCACUGACAGCGUGUUAAAAGCUGAAGUUACAAUAAGACAGUUGUGUGAAUAAAAACAUUCAUUUUCACCGCUGGGACAUACUAAACAAAUCUGUUCCCGCCAUUGUGCUGUACGUCAAACAAAAAUUCUGAGCAUUAAGAAGUGAAAGAUUCUACGAGAAGGAACAUGUCGAUUACAAGUAUCGUUCGAUCAAGAUGACGUCGGAUAAGCAAACGAGUUCGUCCUCCUGGCUGUUGCGAUCAUGUAAAAGAAGCCGGUUUAAAAUAGAAUUGUUGUACUUCAUAUUUGGAUAUUUGUUGACGUAUUGCUCGGCUAGAAACAAUCCUCCUAGAUUUCUUAUAGACGGACAAACAGAAAUCGUCCUCAGACUGAAGGAGGGGCCUGAGACUCCGAUUGGUAGCCUAAUUUACAAGCUCAGAGGUAUCGAUCAAGAUAAUGAUAUACUGACUUUUGGCGUUCGAGAUCAGCCUGGUAGUGACGUGAUUCGAGUCGAAAAUUUCGGUUUCAGUGAAGCCAACAUUUACUUAAAUAAGUUGCUGGACAGAGAGACAAGAGACGAAUAUGCACUCGUGUUAACAUUGACGGAUGGAAGAUUGGGGGAGGGAAAUUUCAUCACGCAAAGUCUGCUGCUUUUGGUCGAGGACAUUAAUGACAAUGUCCCGGUUUUUCGUCCACAUCCUACCUCGUUAACACUUCGGGAGGAUUCACGCCCGGGUAUUUUAACAACGGUGGAAGCUACCGACGCCGAUUUGGGUGCUCAUGGUCAAGUGGUGUAUUACCUUCAGGAGUUGGAUGGCGAUAACAACGUUUUCAGUAUAUCGACCGUCAAUGGCAAGGGUGUUAUACGCUUAGUGGGUUCUUUGGAUUACGAACGAAAGUAUCUGUAUCAACUGCGAGUCUUGGCUGUAGAUCGUGCAAUAAAUGAAAAGGUAAAUACGGGAACGACGGCGAUUUUGAUUAAAGUACAGGAUGUGGAGGACCAACCGCCGGAAUUCAUAGCCAUGACGCCUGUUGCAAGGAUUAGCGAAAAUGUCAGGAUUGGUACAUCUGUUUUACAAGUUCGUGCUGUGGAUGGUGAUAAGGGGAUAAACAACAAGGUGAUUUAUAGUAUUACGAAGGGACCGAGAUAUCUGUUCGAUAUUGAUGCGACUUCUGGCGUCGUAUUCACGAGAGCGCAAUUGGAUAGAGAGGCCGAGGAGAAUAGCGAUGGCACUUUCAUUCUCGAAAUUACAGUUAAAGAAGUGUCGAAGAUUAAUCCACCGCCAUCUGUCAGCACCGAGGUGACCAUUAUCCUCACCGACGUAAAUGACGAAACGCCGACAUUUCGGAGUAUGCUAUAUCAUGCCGAAAUAAACGAGAACGCGCCGGAAAAUACGCCAGCCAAUUUCAUUGGCGAUGCUGUACCAGAAAUUUUUGAUCAUGACUUGGGUUCCAAUGGCACGUUUCGAAUAUUUAUCGAAGGCGAUGGUGGAAUAUUUGAUGUAACACCGUAUCGUGGAAUUAAUGAAGCGCCGUUUUUAAUACGCGUUAAGGAUUCGAGUAAACUGGAUUUUGAAAAAAUAUCUGUGGUAAACUUUACUCUCGUCGCGAAAGAAAUCACGCCGGUAUCGCCGAAGUAUAGCGCGGUACCGGUUACAGUCUUUAUAAAGGAUCAAAAUGAUAAUUAUCCCGAGUUCACGAAAAGUAUCUACGACGUGUCGAUACCAGAGAAUUGCGCCGAGGGCACGACCGUGGCUUGGAUACAGGCUUUGGACGGAGACAGCGGUAACUUUGGAACGCAUGGAAUACGAUAUACAACUUUAGGCGGUAGCAUUGCACAUGCAUUAUCGAUGGACCCUCUCACCGGCGUGGUAACGGUUAAGCAUCCUGGGCCCAGUUUCGAUCGAGAAUUAGUAGCUCGGCAUUAUCUCACCGUCGAAGCGCGAGACAAUCUUGGAAAAGGGAAUCGCAACGCCGCGCAAUUGAUAAUUAAUAUUGAUGACGUUAACGACAACGCUCCUAUAUUUCUACAAAAUAAAUACGAGGCAGUGUUGUUGGAGAAUGAAGAUCACUUUGAGUCGCCUUUGGUUGUCGAAGCGUCCGACAACGAUUUAAAUGGGACGCGAAACAGUGAGAUAGUCUACACUUUAGUAUCAAGCGAAUUCUCUCGAAAUUUCACCAUCGAUCCGAAACGUGGCAUUGUUACACCCACCCGUCCCCUGGAUUACGAGGCUCUGCCUAUCAAUCAGGGACACAAAGAAACGAUCAUACGUCAGUUAAGAUUGACAGUGAGAGCCAGAGAUAUGGGUACACCGAGUCUGACGUCUGAGGUUCCUCUGAUUAUUUACUUGAGAGACGUUAACGAUAAUGCUCCGGUUUUCGAGAGAGCUUUGUAUAAAAGAAAUAUUCCUGAGGAUUUGCCUGGUGGCACAAGCAUUGUACAAGUGAAAGCUUGGGACAAAGAUCUGUCGUCGCCGAAUAAUAAGUUAGUCUAUCGAAUUCAGAGCGGAGCCGGAGACAAGUUCGUAAUUAGCCCCGAGACAGGCGUGAUCCGAGUUGCGCCGGGCUCGAACUUGGAUCCGGAUCUUACGUCGCCGAAAACCACGAGAUACAACUUAAACGUUAUCGCCAUCGACAGCGGUACGGAAAUUCAACGGACGGCCGAGGUUCUCGUGAAUAUCACGAUCCUAGACGUCAAUAAUAAACCACCCGUUUUCAUCGAUCCCGGGACUAUCACUAUCAGAGAAAACACUCAGGUCGGUGCCUAUGUUCAUCGCAUAGUGGCGCAAGAUCCGGAUGUAGCGCCGAUUCUACGUUAUCGCGUAGAUCCCAAUUCAUCGGAGGCACGAAAUGAGGAGGGUACUUUGAUCAAAGUGCAAGAAUAUGACUAUCUAGCAGCGCUAGAGUUAAACGCGGUGGAUGGCUUGCUACGCAUAGUAAAGCUAUUAGAUAGGGAGCGAGUAGAAACCAUCAGAUUGGGACUUGUUGUCGAGGACUUGGCAGCAGUAAGAGGCUUGCAAACUGCAUCCGCCACGCUGAGUAUAAUUAUCGAGGAUGAAAAUGACAAUAAUCCAAAGUUUCGGAGACCAUUUUAUAGGCGUUCUGUUACUGAAAACAGUAAAAAUGGUGUCAAUAUCGCUGGUAUUGUUGCCGACGACGCUGAUAAAAAUCGUAGCAUUACGUAUUCCUUACAAGGCCCAAAAGAGAUCACUGAACUCGUGCAUUUAGAUCCUGAGACCGGAGAAAUGGUCGUCGCUAACAAAAUCGACAGAGAAGUGUACUCGUGGCUGAAUUUAACUGUUAAAGCCACGGACUCUGGAAUUCCACCUCGAUCAAGUUUAUCGGAAGUAUACGUUCAAGUUUUGGACGAAAACGACAAUAAUCCGUAUUUCCUCUCGAAUGUCAGUAGUGUAACUGUUAUGGAGAAUUCAAAAAUUGGCACGGAAAUCACUGUAAUACAGGCGGCAGAUUCUGAUAGUGGGGAUUACGGAAAAAUCACUUAUCUUUUGGACAGAAUAUCAUCUCAGGGGACUUUCGCCAUUCACUCAGAAACAGGAUCGCUGACAGUUGCUGAUGUCCUGGAUUGGGAGAAUAGACAUAGUUAUGUUUUGGUCAUAGAAGCGUGGGAUAAUUAUCAAUUUGGUUAUACAGCAGGGGAGUCUCGAAACGCGUUUAAACAAAUCCAAGUUACAGUCAUUGACGUGAAUGACAAUGCUCCGAAAAUGGAUAUACCUCAAGACUGCAUCUCGAUAUCUGAAUUUCAUGACAUACGGGACUUGAUUUACAUUAUAAAAGUGAAGGAUGCUGAUGAUCCGACAACGCCGAAUGGACGCGUUAUGAUCAGGAUCACUUCGGGCAACGAAUUAGGUUUAUUUAUAUUGGAGCAAACUGAUUAUUGGACAGCAAAGAUAAAAGCUGCCCAGCCAUUGAGAGGAAAGUUUGGGAAUUAUACGUUGAACGUUGAAGCACACGAUUUGGGAACACCAUCUAAUAAGGAUAAUGGAAUUUUGAAAAUUUGCGUCACAGAUUACAACGAUAAUCCCCCUUUGUUCGUCAGUCCCCAGCACAAUACCACUAUCCGUGUUCCAGAGAACAUAACAAUAGGAAGUACGAUUAUUCAAAUCGAGGCGAGAGAUGCCGAUACGGGAUUAAACGGCGAUGUGCAUUAUCGUUUAAAGCAGGAUCUCGCGGGCCACUGGAAGACUUUCCGCAUCGACGAGAAAACCGGCAUGAUAUCCCUAAAGUUACCGCUCGAUAGAGAGACGCAAAAAUUAUACGAGAUACGCGUCGAAGCAUACGAUUUGGGUACCCCGACGCCUUUAAGUUCAGAUCUCGAUCUAAUUAUUUAUGUGCGGAACAUCAACGAUUUCGAGCCGCAAUUUUCAGUGAGCGUAUUUCACAUUAAUUUCACGGAGGAACAGCCGCCAGGAUCGGAGAUGGUGUUACUUCCAGAAACGUUUGACAAUGACGACGUUGACGAUUUGGAAGAUCCUCCCACUCAAGUUUGUUAUUUCAUAGUUGGCGGAAACGACGACGGACUGUUCGUUUUAGAUAUUUAUAAACAUGAACUUGGCACUGCUAAAUUGCUGGAUAGAGAACAGCAAGAAGAACAUGUAUUACUUAUUAAAGCAACGGAGGAUUGCAAGACCGUGCCGGAAAAUGAAACGACAUUCGACAAGACUGACGCCACUUUAUUACAAGUCGUUGUAAGGGUUGACGACAUUAAUGAUAAUGCGCCGCAAUUUAUUAAAGAUGUUUUUACGGGCGGUGUUACCACUGAAGCCGACUUUGGCACGCAAUUUAUGCACGUGAAGGCAAUUGAUGCGGAUGCUGGGGACAAUGCUGUACUCAGUUAUUAUCAAGUAGGCAAAAUUCACAUGACGUUAACUGAAGGCUUCGAAGAUAUGCAACUGCAACCUUUUCUAGUAAAUAAGGAUGAUGGAGCAGUGAGUCUGAAUUUCGAUCCUCAACGAGGGAUGAAGGGCUACUUUGAUUUCAUGGUACUUGUUAACGAUACGUAUGGCUUGCAAGACACUGCGAGAGUUUUUAUCUAUUUAUUACGGGAGGAUCAAAGAGUUCGUUUUGUUCUCCGUCAACAUCCGCCAGAAGUCCGAAGUCGAAUUGAGACUUUCCAAGAAGUCCUGGGUAACGUCACUAGUGCUAUAAUUAACGUUGAUGAAUAUAAAGUUCAUGAAAAUCAAGACGGUUCCAUAGAUAGAACGAAAACAGAUUUAUAUUUGCACCUGGUGAAUCGUCGAGACAAUUCGAUUCUCGAGGUAUCCGAGGUCCUCGAAUUGGUCGAUAGGAACAUCGAGAAACUCGACAAUCUAUUCAAGGAGUUCAACGUCCUCGAUACGCAGCCAGCAAAGCCCGAACCGAUUAUACAGUACGAACAAGCUGGAACGACUUUCUGGCUUCUCACGUUGACCCUAUUUCUAGGAGCUCUACUGAUUCUGUGUGUCGCUUUAUGUUUGUCCCAAAGGGCGUCUUUCCGAAGGCAAUUGAAAGCGGCGAACGCAUCACCGUUCGGUGCGUCGGACUCGGAAUUUAUUAGAAGUCCUGGUCGCGUUCCAAAUACGAACAAACACAGCGUCGAAGGAUCGAAUCCAAUAUGGAUGCACGCUUAUGAAAACGAAUGGUUUAAGAGCGACGAGUCAUUCAGCCAUACGUCCGAAAGAGAUUCCCUCGACGAGAACGCACUUAAUAAUGAAGAGAUGAUGAAUGAAGCUAAUACAAACCAAAGAGCUGAGGAUAAACCAUAUUACAUAGAGCCAAGAGUUUCAACUAUUUCUAGAAUGCCCCUCGUAGGAGCAUGGUUCAAAGCAUGGGUUUAUUUGGGGCUUGUUUGCGGUUGGGGCAAAGGUGCACGACCACGUUUCGACACAUCCACGGAUAUGGGAUUGGUAUUAGUUCCAGCCGAUGCCGAAGUCGAUUCCGUGAUUUUUCGAUUACGCGCCACCGAUCAGGAUGCGGACUUUCCUCUCGUGUUUGAAGUAACCGCAACAAUUACACCCGUCGUAAGAAUCGACAACUUGCCGUGCACGUUGUACAAUAAAGUCUGUCAGGCUAAUGUAAUUUUAACGAAACGCCUUGUGCCGGGACGCCUUCACGAUUUCGCCGUCAGGGUUCGGGAUACUAAGGGAGAUUCAAAUUCGAUGCAGGCUACCAUCUCCGCAACAAACGCCACGACCUCGCGUGAUAAAAUAUUCCCUCACAUUCCUUCCUUGAUAAUGAUACCUGAGGAUGCUAAACCAGGUAGGGAAUUAGAUUACAUUCUCGUACGAGCGAACUCUUGGAGCGGCAAGCCAGUUUACAUCGAAUUAUGGCAACCGAAAGAACUUUUCACUAUUCGGCAGCGACAAACGCCCACGCAAACGCGCGGAGUCAUUACCUUGAUCGGCGAAUUGGACUUCGAGACGCAAUCGAUGUACACCCUCACCAUUUACGCGACGGAUCCGUACACGGAACCUGGAAAAGAUACCAGGAAUAUUGCAGGACUAAAUAUAGUCGUCAUCGUGCAAGACGUGCAGGACGAGCCGCCAAUUUUUACCCUAGCGCCGCCUUUAACCAGACUAAACAAUUCUGCGCAAGUCGGAGACGUAAUAUUACGAGUUCACGCGGAAGAUGGAGAUAAGGGCGUGCCCCGUGAAAUCACGUACGGCCUGGUGUCCGAAGGCAACCCUUUCAUACCUUUUUUCAACAUUUCAGAAACAACCGGUGAGAUUGUUCUCGCUAAACCUUUAGAAGAACUCACGCAAAUUACUCACGUUGGCGCACCGGUCGUGCUCACCGUCGUCGCUGAAGAAAUACGGAGAUCUACGGACGAGCCGCCAGCCCAGGCGACGGUCGUCGACGUCGGUUUCCUUCUUGGAGAACCAGGCAAUAGCCCGCCAUAUUUUGAGAAUGAUAACUAUGUUGCAUCGAUACCAGAGAAUUUGGAACCAGGUUCCGUGAUAAUGUUCCCCGAGCAAUAUUCGACUAGAGUCCACGAUGAAGAUAUUGGUAAGGCUGGUGUUUUCGCAUUGAAGCUACAGAAUAACAAUGGUACUUUCGAAAUAAAUCCAACUGUUGCUGAAAGAACGGCGGAUUUUAUUCUCAUGGUACGAGACAAUACACUCAUCGAUUACGAGAUGUACAAAAGUUUAUCUUUUAAGAUUAUUGCUCAAGAAGUUGGUCCAGCAACAAAUUUGUCGGCAACAGCAGCAGUCUUAAUAUUUAUACAAGAUGUUAACGAUAAUCCGCCAAUUUUCGACGAAGAAUCUUACGAAGUUACAUUGUCCGAAAAUAUCACCGCUGGAACACGGGUGAUUCAAGUGCAUGCAACCGACAAAGAUACCGGACUUUUUGGCAGUAUUCGAUAUACAGGAAUAACAGGAGAAGGAAGCGAGGCUUUCGCCAUAGACCCCGAUACAGGAUUAAUCACGGUCGCGAUGGGAUCGUCUUUGGAUCGUGAAAUGGCAGCGCAAUUACAAUUAACUAUAAUUGCGCGCGAUGAAAACGGCAAAGGUAACACGGGUGUAGUACCUUUCAUAGUGAAUUUGCUGGACGUAAAUGACAAUGCGCCGAUUUUUGAGAAAGAUGUCUACGAAUUUAAAUUAAAUUCUGAUUUGACAAAUUUUUCAACAGCUGCCUUUAUAAAGGCCACUGACGCCGACGCCGAACCGCCGAACAACGAGAUUCGUUACGAACUGAUUCACGGAAAUUAUGAAAAUAAAUUUUAUUUGAAUGAGAUUACCGGAGAACUGAUAUUGCUGUCGCCCAUCACAAAGUUCAGGCGGAAGAAACAAAGCAUCUACGACAAUUUUUCAAAGAAAUUACACAAAGGAACACAAAGUCUUCAACCGGAACACAUGACACGAGAGACUGUAAGAAGAACAACAGUAUCUCCGGAUAUGACAAAUUCAACGGAAAGCGUUACAAGUGAAACUAAAUUGGAACGCCAACGCGAGAUAAAAAGACAUCGAAGAAAACGAGCGGAAGCCGAUGUCUUAUACACUUUAACUGCCAGGGCGUAUGAUCUCGGUGUACCUCAUCUCUCGAGUGAAGCAGAGAUCCUCGUCAUCAGGGGAACUGCCAUGGAAGCUCGCAUAAUGAUGUUCGUGGUACCGGGAGAAAGUCCGAAUUUAACGAAAACCGCGGAGACAUUAGCCACUAUCACUGGUGGACGAAUUACCGUACUGGAUACACGUCCUUACGUGUCAGAUAAUAAAACUAGCAUGACAAGCGGUGCUGUCCCAGCGGAAGGAAAAAGAACGAUUGUGAUAGCUCGCGUCGAACAAACCGAAAUCGGCACCCCCCUGGUGGACGUGGAAAAAAUUCGUAACAUAUUAGCUGCGAAUGGGGUGGGCAUCAUCGGCGGCGCAGGCAAUGGGUCUAUGACAUACUACGAUACUACCACGAAACUUCCAAUCGAUGGAGUAAUUCGCGAUGGGGGAGAUAACGCGGGGACCUACGUAAACAAAACGAUCAGCAGUGUUCACGAGGAAGUAACUGUGUACAAAGCGGAGAAUAAACUGUUGUUUUGGUUACUGAUUAUUCUGGGCCUGCUAAUGCUGCUGGCCAUCGCGGCACUCAUAAUUUGUUGCAUCUGCCCAGGCUGCCCAUUUUACAUGGCACCCAGAAAGCGUAGAGUUUACUCGUCGGAAACACUUAUCGCUCGAUCCGAUGGUCGACCGAAACGUCAUCUUCAUCGAAAACCAAUGGCUGCAAUCGAUAUUACAUCGAACGGAAAGAAACAAGCUUGGAGUGCGGAUCCAACUCGAAGAAACUGGCAAUUUAAUCGUCGAAACACGCAGAACGGUGGAUUAGCGUCACUACCUGGUGACGUUGUGUACAUUUCGGAGCGUCCUCCAAUCGACCAAGCAAAUGUGGAGUCACUGAGGCUACGUGACGGUCCGGCUUAUGAUCCUUCGAGGAGAAGGAGAAUCGAAGAGCAAGAGAGACUAUAUGUAGAGGAUGUCGAUGAGAAGAAGAUUAGAGAUUACGAUGGCACGGAUGUAGAUUCCUUGCAACGACAUGAAAUCGAACGUGGUUCGGACAUUCAGCGUCAAGCUUACAGACAAAGAUACGUCGAUCCUGAAUUAAACAAUGAGACAGCGAUAAGAGAGCAACAUUUUUACCGCGCGGGUAACGCAGAGGUGCUGCAAUUAGUAACGCGCGGACAAGUGGAGGAUAGAAGUCAACAUCGUCAUUCAUAUCCAGCGACUUUCAUAGUGGACGGCAAGGAUGUACUUCUACAGCGGUUCAUGCAGGACCAGAAAGCGCGACACGUCGAGCUGUCGAUGCAGGAACCCGAGGUGUUGCGCACCAUCGACUCUCAUCAGCGCUCAAGAAAUUUAUAUCAGCACAAGCAGGAGAUUCUCCUCCUGCCAGAGGAACUAGACGUUAGACGUCGACGCGUGGAAGAAUUGGAAUCCGACGCGCAAAAGUUGGCAAUGGACGACGAAUACACGGCGCAAAACAUGGAUGUGGAGUCACAGAUGCGGGACAUUCGUCGUCAAGAGAUUUUGACAAAUGUGCCCGGGACAUCUAAAGGCAGACCGUCGAUCGUCAAAGACCAGGCGCAAUCGACGACGGUACAGUCGUACGCGUUUCACGAUCUGGAGUUGGCGAGACAGAACGCCCUGUUAACGAGGCUACUGUUGGAGAGGGAAUCUAGGCACGCUGGUGGCGUAAUGAUGGACACCGCGAGUUACUUAGAGACCCAAAGUCUUCCCGGGCAAGUGGCAAUCGCGACUCAGACUGACAGAGUCGCUGCGACAGAAACGGAACGACAUGUCCGAAGCAGAAGUGACAAUGACGAGUCCGACGAGGAUAUUCGAAAUCGAAAGAGGAUAAAGAAACGCCACGGGGAGAGCGAAUUGAGAACACGGACUUUAUGGAUGAAAACACCCAUCGAGGAAGAAGAGGGCCCGUGUUUUGACAAACGACUGAACAUCUCGAGGAAGAAAGUGCAAGAAAUGAAGGAGGGACGAAAGAUAUGCUUGGAGCCUGAAGUGCUGCGAGAAAUUUCAAAUUCUCUCGACGAGAAUGGAAGCACUUACCGCGAGAAGGAAAGAAAGUCAGCGAAAACUUGUCAACAAUACACCGAAGAGAGCAGCAUCGGAUACAAAGUACUCGGCGAAGAGAAAAACGGUUCCUCUUCGUCGACAGAAGUAGGUAAGCAACAUGAGAAAUUUUUUGAUAAGAAAAAAAUGGAGAGUUUGUCGUCUCCAGAAAUAAGUGUCGAUAACGGAGAAUAUAUUCGUAAAACGACGGAAAAGAAAAGUUUAAGGAAGGAGAGUAGAAUAAAGAAGCAAAAGAAAGUAGAAUCCGUGAUAAAACCUAGCUUUCGAGUUUUAGAGAGAGAGAUCACGAUGCUGACGAAGAAACUAAGUAAACUCGCUGAUAAAAAAAUACCGCAGACCACUGGAUCUGAAAGUACGAGUCUGGAAAAAUCGGGAACAUCAAAGGACUCCAAAAAAGAUUCGGAUCAGAGUACAUUAAAGAAAGAAGAAGACUCAAAGAAACACAAACGAUUUGAGACUUCUCCAAGUAUAUCGAAAGAGACAAAGAGAGAAAAAUUUAAGUACCAGCAACGACAGACGAUGAGUCCCGGCAGUUCCGAGUACGAGGACACGUUUGAAAAACCGGACAAGUCGAAACUGACUUCUCAAGAAGCUGCGAAGCACAAACAAAUAAGUAGUCAUGCAAAAGUGAAAAGGCAAACGCCGAUUGAACGUAAAGAACGCAAGAAACAAGUCGUGCAGCAGGACCGAGAGUUCGAGAAGCGCAGAAGUGCCGCGGGUAAAGAAAACGGCAGAUCGAAGACCGAGAAAACUGCCAAAUUAAUGUCGCGUACACAAAAGUUGGCGGCGAUUGGUCGUAAAGAGCAUGUUCGUAUCUCGGAAGAACCGAGUACGAGUACAAGUUCCGAUCGUAUGAACGGCAAAAAGGACUCGUUUGCCGGUCGGGACUUCGACAAGAAAAGUACGGAAUCUUCAGAGAUUUCGUCGAAUUAUCAGCAAAAAUCGGAACAGAGGUUAGAUCACGUAAGCGAGAAAUUCUCCGACGAUUUUGUCACAGAGCCGCAGAGAAGAGACAUCAAUCAGCAAAGCGAGCUUUAUUCAACAAUAACCAGAAAGAUGGAUGAAGAAUAUAUUGCGAACGGUAUAGGAGAUAUCGAGAUAAUACAACAAUUUUCUGACGAUUUCAUAAUGGAACCACAGACGAAAGAACUGGAACAUCAAAUGCAAGCUGCUGUUGAAAGUGAGAUCUCCGAUAGCAACAGGGAAAGUGCAUAUCACGAUUUUGAUCAAAAAGAUAUGAGCCUGAAGGAAUCCGCUGUUGUAACUGAAAGGGAAAAAGAUAUAUCUCAUGACUUAGGUAAAGAACAUUUGACGCUAAAAGAAGCUGUUGAAGAUCUCACCAUUCUUCACAAUUUGGAAGAUAUGCAAUUCAAAAAUGGCAUUGCAAGCAAAGAAUCUGAAUUGUUUGAAGUCUCUAAUAAAGAGUUGGAUGACAGCAGCAAGAGAACAAUUUCUCCGGAAUCUCUUGCCCUAAAAACCUUAGAAGAACAUCAACCGGAGAAACUGCCAUCUUACAGUAACAGAAGCGCUGUCGAAAAAAGAAUGGCUUAUAUGUCCGGAAAGCACAAAGAAGCAACAGAAGAAUCUUUCUACGAAACCGAAAAAGAAAUGUUAGAAAAAGAAAUGUCAGAAAUUAUACCAGAAACAGAACUACAUGAAUUACAAAGAUUAAGAGAUGCCGAAAAGAUUGCGAGCGAAGAAGCGAAAUUUGAAGCAUUGGAAAAACAUAUAGAAAGUUUGAAAGAAUUAAUUAAAACGGAGCACGCUGAAGAAGAAAUAGAGCAUAAGGAAAAUGGAUUACAUAGUGACAUGAUUUCAUUACCAUCAGAAAUAGAAAAAGAUUCAAAAGACAUUAAAGAUGUUACAUUAUAUUCAAGCGAAAAAGACAAAGCUGUAGAAUUAUAUAAAACCGAAAGCGAUCAAAGAGAAGAAUUAAGUCCUAAAUCAAAGAAAUAUAUUGAAGAGAAAAUUUCUUCGACAAAAGAUGCAAUAGAUAUCGAAGAAAAGAUGGUAGAAGAAUUAAUAAAGACAGAAAAUGAAGAAGACUCGUUACGUGAAAUUAAAAGUGACGUACAGAAACCAAAAGAAUAUGUAACUCAGGAAUUUGACGCAGAGAAAAAGGAAGAAUCGACAAUUAAAGCGUUUGAAGAACCGCUCGAUAUCAGUCAAUCUCUUACAGAUGACACCAGAAAUGGCACUCAGAGAGCGUUUUCAAUCGAUGACGAUACAUUAUUGUACAUUGAUGAAACUAGUGGUGAAGCGUCAAAAUCAGAUCACGAUUUGAUUCAGUCUGAGCUCACCGAGCCACCAGAUAUUAUAAAAAAAACUACUGAUAAAGAUGAAUUGAAACAUUUAAGUGAUGAUCUCGCGAAGACAGAAAUUGAAAGCUAUGAAACUAAGGAAGAAUCGCACAUAUCUCCUAAAAAAAUGAUUGAUAAAAAACAAGAGAAAAGUGAUGAAGACAAGUCUCUCACGCCUUUAAUGCCUACUUCUAAAGAAGAGAUUAUUAAAGAACAAUUACAAGUUGAGCAUGUAAAGGAGAAAGAAAAACCACUUCUCGAGGAACAUAAAGAAAAAACGGAAGAAGUAUCUACAUUAAAGGAAAGAUCUGACGAAGAAAUACUUGAUAAGGAAUCUUCUAUCGAUCAGCCGCAAGAUUCGGAUCUGCAAAAAUCAACUGUCAGUGAGCCUGACAAAGUGGACAGUUCUGUGACAGCCUCUGAGAGCGCAGCAGUCGUAGAGCCACGAGACAAAGGGGAGCAGCAAGCAGACGUAAGCGAUACAAUUUUUAGCAGCUUUAUUGAUGAUACACUCGAUGUUUCGGAGGAGAGCGACUCAUCCAGUGAUGUUUCUAGGAAAACAACGCUGACCACGAGACCCUAUGAUACUCCACGCCAUCGACAAAAGUGGCAGCAGCAAGAAAGCAUUGAAAUAGCGGGAAUAUCUGGCGUAAGAACUUUCAAAGAUAGCGGAGACGCGAGAACAGAAACUGAACCAGAAGAGGAUACAGAUAGCAAUUUAUCGCUCGAUGAAAUUGAAAAAACAGAAGAGUCGGUUACAACCGAAGCAACGAGUGAAGUAAAAGACGACAUGGAAAUUGCUGCUGUACCUGAAAAAAUUUCUUCUGACGUUGAAAAAGUCCCAUCCGUAUCUGAUUUAAAGGAAAUAAAUGGUAAACAUAUAACAGACAGAGAUUUUGAAUCAAAAGUCGAAGUCGAAGAAUUAGAAACUGAUAUAAAAUCAGAAAUACAAAAUUUAUUGACGACAAUUCAAGAUAUAGUUCCAUUAACUCUAAGUAUUAAAGAACUAAAAGGCACGUCAAAGGAAGAUGUAGAAUCUAAAAGCGAGAUUGUAACACCUCGUAAAAAGAUCGAAGAAGUUUCCGAAUCUGUGAAACAAGAUGAUAAAAAUGAAACUGAAUUGCCUUUAAGUAAAUCUGAACAAGUGGGGCCGAAAGACAAAACAAAAACGGAAGACAUUGAAAUAGACAAAAGAAUUGAAGAAAGUGAUAUAGAUGAAAUAAAAAGUAAAAAGAUUGAUAUGACAUUAACUCCGGAGAAGUAUAUUUCAAAAACUGUACCUUCCGAACGUUUCGUGAAGAAAAAAAAGAAACUUGAACGACCGAAGGCGCCUUCUUCCGAGGAACGAAAACGUGUUCUUGAUAAGUCGGAAGAAAAAGUUACACCAAGUUAUUCUCAGCGUCGAUCUCGCAAAUUCACCGACGGUGACUCAGAGAAGCAAACAAGAGACGCCGAAUCGCAGAAACGCAGAUUCGGCAUCUCCAAGGCGUCUCCAUUACGAUCGCCAAGAAGGGAAGAAGAGCAUCAGCGAAAACAACCAAUGUCCAAAUCAAAAUUUAAGACCGAAAAAAAAUCUACGAUUGUCCCGAAAACUGGCGAGAUCGAUAUGAGUAAGACGCAAUCGAAGUACAUGGCUUGGUACAAUAAGAAACGCGACGAGGCGGAGAAGAAGAGGUUGGAGAGGAAAGCGGACGAUGAGGAGCAGCUACCGCGCUGGGUAAGUAGGGGCUUGAGGCAAACGACAAAGCAAAGAGAGAAGCUAACUGCGGAGCACAAGACUCCGGAGAUAACGCCGCGCACCAGACGCAAGGUCAAGCCUCUGGUGAACGUCGAAUCUGAGCAGUUGAAGGCUAUAGUGCGUCAAGGACGGCAAUUAAGAAGGGCCGAGGGUAAUCUUAAGGAAGACCCGCCGGUUCAGAUAUUCGCCAGAACACCGCCAGCUUCUACUUCGGACACGCAGCAUCGUCUGCUGCAGCACUCGGAAUACAAAUACGAAAGAAUACCGCCGCCAUUUUAUCUUCAUCCACCCCCGGCGCCACAUCCGUCGCCGCAGUUAUCGCCGGAAAGAUCCCUCGAGAUGCAACCGUGUAGGACGCAGUACGAGCAAUCCGAGGACGACUUGCAUUCGGAAAGUGCAGCGCCGUUCCAAAGCGGCGGUCGUCUACGCCAUCAACAGCUUCUCGAGAAGAAAAGCGUCUUCGACAUCGCGUACAGCGAAGCUGCGCCAUCGCAACUUCGAUCUGACAGCACAACUCCGCCGUCAUAAAUAUACGAUUGAUAUUCUCCGUAUUAUAUAUAUUAUAUA